CUGCGUGCAGGCUGGGCGCAGUGGUGGAGACGCCCUCCUGUCACUGAGUGUAAGUGCAGUUCAGUGCUGCUCUGCUACUCGGAUCAGUGAUGCUGGGCUCCAAAUGGACGCUCUUCGUCUCCAGAGAGAGAAUCAGCUGAAGCUGGUAGGGAGCCAGUGAUGCUACGCGGUUAGAUCUCAGCGUUUGAGGACCGUUUUGUAAGAUCCUGCGCAGGUUUUGUUUCAUUUUUCUUGAAACAAAAAUGUUUCCUUCGUGCUAUUCCAAGCCCAAGAAUGGGUCUCAGUUUAAGAUGUCUUACACGAAAGUGAUAUUUGGGGUGUUGGUCGUCUAUGUGCUCCAUACGUGCUGGGCCAUUUAUGGCUUCGUGCACACGAAACCGUGUGACCCAGCAAAAGGAGAUGACUGCGUUACAUCUUACCUCAGCGGCAAACCUCGACUGCAGCUCAGCAUGUAUUCGAGCCUGGACCCCAGUGACGAGGCUGCACACAACCUCCUGCUCAGAGUGGACAAAUUCGAAAUUCAUUCCAAGCUUGAAAGGAAGGUCAGCGUGUCUUUGCCUGAACUGACCCAUAAGAACGGGACCCUCCAUGCUGUGGUGUUUGUGCACAAGAGUGGAGUAUCUCCAUGGAAGGAUAGUAAACAUGUGCGACUCGUGGCCCGCCUCACCUCUCAGAUGCUUCCUCUUCCUCCUGUGGGCAGUGUCAGCUCUGCUAGAGACUCUGAGAAGGGGACAGGAAACCAAAGGCCUGUUUUAUACUGGAAAUCACGCAUUACUCUAAACAUGAUGACGGAGGACUUCACUUUUAAUAAUGCUGCAGUACCCAGUGACCUGCGGAGAUACAUGAAAAUAGUUGAAGAUGGUAAGAAGGAGAAAAAGAAAAUAUAUCUUCCACUUUUACUCGUUGAUGAAAUGAGAAGCAGACUAAAGGACCUAAUCGAGAUAAACAGCACUACAAAAGCCGUCCCACUCACUAUAUCAUACGAUACAAUAACUCUUCGGAAAUUCAGAAUAUGGAUCCACAUCCAAGCUGUGAUAUACUCACUCAAACAUUUUGGAUUUUCUGAGCAGAACCUUGAUGAAAUUAAAGCCAUGUUUGUUGAAACUGGCCUUCACAUUUUGGCUUUGUCCAUCCUGGUGCCUGCAUUCCAUCUCUCAUUUGAAGUGUUUGCUUUCAAAAAUGAUGUGAGUUUCUGGCGAGGGAAGAAAAGUUUAGCUGGCAUCUCCAGGCGAUCAGUGAUCUGGAGGUGUUUCAGCACUGUUGUGAUAUUCCUCCAUCUGCUAGAAGAGCAAACCAGCUGGCUCACCCUCAUCCCCAUGGGAAUUGCUACUUUAAUUGAGCUUUGGAAAGUCAGCAGAGUCUUUGCAAUUCAGCCUAGUUUUAAAGAUGAGAGAGAAUAUGAGAUGGAGCGAGCAACAGAAGAACAUGAUUCCAAGGCAAUGAAAUUCCUGUCAUAUUUAUUGUAUCCGCUGUGCAUCAGCGGGGCCAUGUACUCAUUCUUAUAUCUCAAGAAUAAAAGUAGUUGGUACUUUUGGAUCAUCAACAGUCUCGUCAGUGGAGUUUAUGCGUUUGGAUUCCUAUCUAUGGUUCCUCAGUUAUAUGUUAAUUAUAAGUUAAAAUCAGUUGUCCAUCUUCCGAUGUCAGUAUUACUCUACAAGGGGUUGAACACAUUCAUAAGCGAUGUAUUUAGUGGAGUUAUAACUACUCCUGGCCCCCAUCAGUUGGCUUGUUUCAGAGAUGACGUUGUCUUCCUCAUCUACCUCUACCAGCGCAGGAUUUACCCUUUGAACAAAUCUCGAGGUCGGGACUAUGGGGCAUCACACAGAAAGAAACCUAAAGGAAAAGCACAUGAGGACUGAGUGCAUCAGAAGAAGCAUAGGAAGAGCUGAAGCUGCAUGCAUGCUAUUCUAAGGAGCUGCACACUCAGCCUGAGUGUGAAUAUGGAACAUACCUGAAAACCAUCUGUCCCAAUGGCUGCUAGACCUGAAUCUUUCUGUAGUUUGCAGUCUACAGUCUACUAAAAGUUUAUGUUCUACAGCUCAAAAGCCCACAACUACUCAAAUCUUACUGCAGCUCCACUGCAUGAAAGUCUUCUACUGAACAAAACUGGAGUUCAGGCUUACUUUACCUCCUUCUGCCUGCAGGGCAUUCUACAACCCAACAGAAGAUACUUAAUUGUUCAUAUCUACAUUUAGGCCUAAUUAACCUGUGAAUUUCUCUAGACACUGUCAACUUAUAAGGCCUUGCCUGCUGCUGUAUGCAAAGACUGAAAUAUUAUUACGUACACUACAGUGAUCUUCAUGAUGUACACAAUUAUUUUGCUACUGUCAACACAAAAUGAAAAUGGCUUCUCAUAAAUCUAGCCAGGGUGCAUAAUAGUGCCAAAGUCAUGAAUCACCACUUAACCUACUUCAGUUCAAUAAAUGUAUAGUGCGCAGCCC